AUGACAGAUCCUCCCCAAUCUGUCGGAACUCGCCGAUUCGAUACCAAUACUUUGCGCAAGCAGAUCCAGGAUAAACUAGUGAAUUCGAUAUUCCCUACAUUCGAGACUCCAUACAAAAAGUUCUUGCCAGAGGGUACGCUCAAAACGCUAUUUACCCCUGGGGCGGUCAAGAAGGAACUGGGGAAUCAUUACGACGAAACGACGUAUGAUUUUAUUAGGGAUAAGGCCAGCAAGGUAUUUGCCGUCUUGAUCCUCACUGACAAGCCGGAAGCCAUCUUAGCCUUUAAGAAAUUUGAGGUUCACGAUGACUAUCUGCCAAUUGCCCUUAAGAAUGUUCACAGUCCAGAAGAAAGUGACUGGCAGCUCUGCUCGGAACGUGAUCGAGAGCCUUCGCAGUGCGAUGUAAUGCUGGGCAACCUCUUAAAAUACGACUGUGAAUGGUCUUCAAGCCCAUAUUGCAUUGAACAAUUCUGCGAGCAGCAGUGGCAAUUUAUGGCUCCAGUAUUCUCGGAUAAUUCUGGACAUCACCGCUUCUCCUCAAAUACGAUUCUGCCGUUUUACAGCCCAGAGAAGCGUCCAGCAGCAGAGAAAGCCAGUCAGAAACCGAGCACUUUCAGCACUGUCUAUGAAAGUUGGGUUCACCCAGAUCACCAGGCCUUUUCAAAUCAAGAACAUGCCAAGGGAAAGUCAGUGGCCGUCAAGAAGAUGAAUCUCGAUGUCCUCAUUGUGGAAACCUACAAGGUCGACCAAGCGUACCGUUCCGAGAUCGAAGCCCUCGAACUUUUUCGCAAGAUCGACAGUCCACAUCUCAUCAAGUUUCUAUGCACCUUCGAGCACGGUGACCAAGGAUACUACAUGAUGUUUCCUUGGGCCACUGCUAAUUUACGAGAGUACUUGGAGGUCAAUCACCCUGAUGAUACGCAAGGAAAAGACCCUACUCCCAAAGCCUAUCGUGUCAAGUGGGUCUUGAACCAACUUGCGGGCCUAUCGGAGGCAAUUUGGAAGCUUCACAACCCCAGCGCUCACCAGAAUCCUGCCCUGUUGGCCGUACCUGACCCUAAGCAAGCGAAUUGUCGACACGGCGACUUGAAACCAGACAACAUCUUGCUCAUGGGCGGUCCGGAUGAUGGGAGGCUGGUCAUCGCCGAUGUUGGUCUGACCAAGGUACACGACUUACCCACGCGAUAUCGCAAGGAUCACACUCGCUCUAUGACGGGUACAGCGAAGUACGAGCCCCCAGACAUUCUCCGCGGUGGACCCAGAUCUCGAGCUUAUGACAUCUGGUCUUUCGGUUGCAUUUGCGUUGAGUUCAUCAUCUGGACUCUUUACGGACCAUCCGGCCUCAAAGUCUUUCACGAGAGGUUAGGCAGCGGUAGCAAGUUUUGGUUCACAGAAUUCGAAGAUCAGGUUCGCAAGGCUGUGAAGGAGCACAACGAGAAUUCUGGGCCCCACGUAAAGUGGUCCGAUACUUUGAUUCGCUCCGCCAACCAAGCCCUCAAAUCGUGCAGAGUAACUCAGUACAUUCAGGUCCUGCUAAACGAAAUGAAGGGAAGUGAUCCACGAUGCUCAGGGGAUUCUCCAAUCAAUGAUCUACUCAGCUUGACAGAGAACAGGCUGCUGAAGAUAGAGAUAAACCUUGGAAGCGGUACAAUCGACCCGAGACGACAUCGUGCGGACGCCAGGGAGAUGUCCGAAGGAAUAUGCAAGAUACGUGACAGGGCCGACAAAGAGGACAGCUAUCUUGCUGCGUGCCUGCGUAGUUCUCCCAUGCCCGAAGUUCCUCAUUGGGAUUCUCCACCGCAAAUGCCGUCCAUUCCGGGCUCCUUUCUAGGAGCUGACUUGCCUAGCCGCCCGAUCCGCGAGCACGCCUCGCCCGCUGAAGGAGUUAUCAACUCACCAACAAAUGAUAUCUUCUUCCCGGCGAAAACGCAGGAGGGAGCAAGUGUGCCGUGUUAUUCAGGUCAUGAGAUCGCCCGCAAACCGCGUGAACAUGAUUUGCUGACACGGGGGUCGGGCUACGGUACCCAGGCUCUAGAUGAUACCUGGAGCUUUACCGGAGAUAACAAAUUCGCUCAAGCUUUGUUUCGCAAAAUCACGCCAUCCACGGCAUGGAAAGCGAGAGCGAAGUACAAUUCUAUCGCAUUGGAUCCACAUUCUGUUUCAGCCGGUAUCAAGAGCCUGUUCUCUCAAUCGUUGGGCACCCAGACUUUAUUUCCUCUGCACCUGCUUCUCUGCAACUGGGACUACCUAUACUUCCGCAAACAAAGAGUGAUACAGAAAAGCGGUGAACUGCCUUUGCCCACACGGAUACUCGAUGUUGGCGAUCCUGGAAAACAAGAUGCAUCUUCUGUCAAGCUUGUUAAAGCAUUAACUGUGGAAAACGAGACAAAAUACGUCGCACUUUCACACCGUUGGGGUCCGAUGCCCUUCAUGCGCCCCACGUACAUGUGCACUACGCAGGGCAACAUCAGCUCUCUAAUGCUGGGAUUCGAUGCAAGGCUGCUCCCACAGACCUUUCAAGACGCGAUUCACAUUACAAAAGUCAUAGGGGUUCGAUAUUUGUGGAUUGAUUCUCUCUGUAUUAUUCAGGACUCCUUCGAAGAUUGGCAUCACGAGUCGUCACUGAUGGAGGGUGUGUUUGCCAACGCCUACUGUACCAUCGCCGCUACUCGAGCUAUGUCAUCCGUUGAAGGCUUUCUACAACCACGACCAGAUCGUCAAUGCGAGGCGCUGCGGCCCGUGAAUGGGAGUCCAUAUUAUGUCUGUGAUCAAAUCGAUGACUUUCGAGGCGAUGUCGAGAAUAGCACACUAAACCAGCGAGGCUGGGUUUUGCAGGAAAGGGCCUUGUCGCACAGAACAAUUUACUUUGCUGAGAGUCAAAUUUAUUGGGAAUGCGGAUAUGGGGUUCAUUGCGAGACGCUGACCAAGUUGAAUAAUCUCUAUGAACAGUACUCCACGCUAUCUUUCACCUUUGUGGAGGAUCGACAUGUUGCAAUUUUGGGGGUUGAGCGGCGCCUUCUUCAAUCAUUGGGGACGACGGGUGCGUACGGCGUCCUCGAAGCGUAUCUCCACCGCACACUUCUCUGGCAACGUGCUAAGGGUCAGGACCGGAUGAGAAGGCUAUCUGAUAGGCUGGGCCGUAAGGUACCGACGUGGUCAUGGAUGGCUUACGAUGGGACCAUCUCAUAUAUGAGAGUUCCAUAUGGUGAAGUGACCUGGAAUGAUGAGCUGUCCAGUCCUUUCAGAGGUAGGAAGGUGGGAACAGAUGGCUUGGAUGUUCAUGAGCUGGAACUCGUUGUUGUGGGACGAAAAUUGGUCACCAGUAAUACGUCCUUGAUGAUGAGGAAGCAAAUCGUGUUUGAUGAUAACAUCUUGGGUGUUGAUCAACUUGACUCCCUGGCUGUUGUCAUAGGCGAAGAGAAAUGUGUUGGGAUUAUUCCAUCGCAAAGGAUGUACGUGAUACUUGUAUCACCAUGGAACAGAGACAACGUCGGUAUCAACUAUCAACGGAUAGGGGCAGGUUUUCUUUUGAAGGGAGAUAUGGCAAACGACGGACUGCGUGAGAUCCGCAUAAUCUAG